UUUUUAAAUUGGUAUUUCAUUCUUUUCUUUCAGAUAACUGACUGUUGGAGAACAGUUAUUUUACUCAUACUUCAAACAUAUAUCUUGUUGGUAUCACAUCAACAGAGACCUCAGAUUAAGCAGUAGCAGUUAAAACAUGGGACUUACAUUCACCAGUCUUUUCCAGCAGUUCCUCGGCAAGAAGUCGAUGAGGAUAUUGAUGGUGGGUUUGGAUGCGGCUGGUAAGACUACAGUGUUGUACAAGUUGAAGCUGGGCGAGGUGGUGACGACUAUUCCGACCAUUGGCUUCAACGUGGAAACUGUCGAGUACAAGAACAUCAGCUUCACAGUGUGGGACGUCGGCGGUCAGGACAGAAUCAGACCUCUCUGGAGACACUACUUCCAGAACACACAAGGAUUGAUAUUCGUGGUGGAUUCGAAUGACAGAGAGCGGAUAAAUGAGGCGAGGGAGGAGCUUAAGAAGAUGUUGGAAGAGGACGAGCUGCGAGAUGCGGUGCUGUUGGUGUUUGCCAAUAAACAGGACCUGCCAAACGCCUACUCAGUAGCAGAGGUGUCCCAGCAACUCGGACUUCAUAACCUAAAGGCCAGGAAGUGGCACGUUCAGGGCACCUGUGCCACCAGGGGAGAUGGUCUGUACGAAGGACUUGACCAGCUGAGAGAACUGCUCGAGCGAAAAUAAUCAAGCGAUAAGAGAAAAAAAGUAAGGAGAAACACGAUGGCCCGGCGGUAAUUUGAAUUUGAGUCAUUUUUAAAAUUCCUUUCGACCGGAACUCCGUUUAUGUUAAAUGCUAGUGUUAAAUUGAAUAGUCAUAACACUUUCCAAAUCGCCUGUCGCCAUGGUACUUGUCAAGUUAAUCAUUAAUUAUCAUGUGUGUUGGAGCGCUCGAUAUAAGUCAGAAUGUAUUGUAUUCUGUGUAAAUAUUCUUAAAACGGUGAAUGGGAAGGAAGUACAUGAUGGAGUUUUUAAAAAAAGCAAUAUUUGCAAAGUGUUUUUUAGAUCAAUGUGCUUUAAAACUUUUAAAUCAGUCGAGAUUUUUGGAGAGCAAUUUUGCGUGUUCCUACAAAGGCCCGACGUUAUCAGAAGUUCAUAAGUUUUAAGCUAUCGUGACAAGCGAAUUAAUAUAUCGCUCUAUAAUGCAUUCUUGUUGUCAAGAUAGCACGAGUUUCGAGGUUUUUAUCUCCGUUUAAAAUCCAUGUUGAAUUAUGCUUAUAUAUACAUCACUAUAUCAUAUUUGAUGCAAAUUUGUUAUUUCGACGAUUAUGUUCAUAUAAAUAUAAAAUUUAACAUUAGCCAGAGCCAA